UUUGGGACAUUGAAAAGUCGGACUUCGUACUUCCAUCCAAGCCUCCUUCUCCUGCUAGUAGCCCUGCGAGGGUAUCAGUCGUAUUGGACGCGCGCCGCCUUCAUUGGGCUUCAGAUAGUAGUAAAGUCAAGGAUAAUCAACCCUAUGCCUCCUCUCCAGCGAUGUCUGUUUCGAAGUCGCCUCUUGCUCAAGUGGACCAUAUUUCGAGCCCCUCCUUGGGCCCUCUCAGUCAGCGUCACAACAAGGAUGCCAUAUCCAUCCUGCGGCUCUGCCUGCUGUCUGUGUACCCUCGAAAUACUUUCCUUCUGCAUCCGCUCCUAUCGUUUCAAGCGCAUCAUCCAAAAUCAAUGUAGAGCCUGUGGAAAACUCAACGGUCAAUGCAUUUGUACAAGGAUCCGACCUUCAAUCCGUUGUCGUCGGGUGCUCAAUUCUUAGGCGACGUCAUUGACAGUGCACCUCGACACGUGAACCUUCACCAGUAUCAUGUUUCUCCUGUACUCAAGCGCCAUGUCACUUUUGAAAUCCUAGAUGAGAAUCAGGAGCAAGGUAAUCUGACCGUGGACGUGUACGAAUGCGACGAACAUUACUUGGAAGGCGAUUCGUGGAACGAUUCAAUGGAAUGUCCCGUUCACUACCGAUUCCAUGAUGCAAGCAAUGUUCUUGAUCUUGGUGGAUACGCAACGGACUUGGACUACCGACAAUUUCGUGGCGAUGCAGGCUUCCAGAUCGAAGACGAGAGUUUUGAAAUGAACGAUGCCUUCAUGAUCUCCUCUGUCACUCCAGGUUAUGUUGGCCCAAAUCAUUACCAUACGGAAUCCUACGAUUAUGCAGACGACGAGAAUUAUUACGAUGAUGGGCGUGACGAAGAAAUGUUCUCUGUCUUUCAAGUUGGUGGCGACGGUCAGCAUGCGCCUGACUUAUGCGAAACUUACGACAUUUCCGACGAUGGCUGUCUGGACAGUUUCGUUUCCGAUUUCCCAUCAGUCGAUAAUGCAUGCAAUGGGAACGAAAGUGGGCAGAUGGACGAAAGUUUAGCUUUUGCUUCGCCUGAGCUUAUGGCAUCUGCAGAAACUUCUAUAGAUGGUGCAGGCGAUGAUUCUCUAGGGGGCCUGCACAAUUUUCUUGGGGGUCGAGAGCUGUUGUGUGGUUUUUCAGAGGCAUUUUCCCGAGAGUUUGAGCGGCCCGGUCCGACAGCGUCUGCAGAGGCGCAAGUAGCCAAAACAUUGCGUGACCACUGGUUACCCCAGAGAUUGUAAUACCAAUGUGGUAUAAAUAUAGUAAAGGACGG